UUACCGUGGCGUAAAGUGUCGGAUAAGAACGAAGUGCUGAAAGUGAAAGAAGAGUGUCGUACAAAGCUGCGUGAUAAAUUACUGCAUACGGUGAAGUGCAAAGACGAGUUCGGUAAAAUAAUGGACUACGUUGAUUCACUGCAUUACGAAGAUCGUGUUGAUUAUUCGUACGUUUAUGAAAUGCUCAAAACGGUUCGUAUUCAAUUCAUACAUCAGUCAACACCAUCAAUUAGCACGUUCUUCUGUGCCUUUUAA